UGUGAUGCAGUGCUGGUUCUGUUUAAGUCAACAGAAUUGAGUCUGUUUUCUUGUCUUUAAGUCACUUUUCACUCUAUUUAAAUAAAAGCACAGGCUGCAUGGGGAGGAUGAAUUUGUGAUCAUAUGGCAAAGAGAUUAGCAAAUACUCACUUCCUCCUGUAGUGUUUUAGUGCCCUCAGCACACAGUUCAGAAACCACAAUCACACAACAACAGACACUGAUACACGCACUGAUUUAUUCAGAAUCAAAAAAGCUCGCUCAUUCUGUUCUUUUAGUCACAGUUUGUAAUGCUUUAAGGGACAUUAAAUGUCCUGUAAGGUAGUAAACAUCAAGGAGACAUUUAUUAGAAGGUAUGCUACAUUGAAAGGCAUUACAUCAAGUUCUACAUUCUCGACCUGUUAAUGAGGAAAUGUAGCUUUUGUCAAGUCUGAUGCUUUAAUGAUAAUGGGGCAAUGCAAAAUGGGAGGGGAAGAUGUGAAAGGGAGGAAGAACAUGAAGUUAAAGAGUAAAUCUUUCCAUCAUUAAAUGACAGGACAUGCCUCCACCUAUCCUCCACUUCACUUUUUCUUUCUAGAGGAACUCGACAACUGUGGUCUUCCACACAAGACACGUUUCUCAAAGACACAGCAUGCAUAUGGGCUCCAGCUUGAGAUGUAUUGCAAAGUGAAGAAAAGGCAUCUGCAACCCCUAAAGACUCUCUUUGUUUUAUUCCUGACCAUCAGCAUUAUCUACAGGUGGUUGCAGGUGGUUGAUAAACAACAAAAACAUCUCAAUGGCAGCAAUGCAUCACUCCCAAACAAUAUCACAAUCCUGUUGUGGUACUGGCCGUACGGUACCCGGUAUAGCCUUGCGGGAGAUGUGUGUCUGAGGGACUAUGGCAUCUCUGGAUGUGUGCUAGGGGACAAUCGCACUCUCUAUAAAAGUGCUGAUAUAGUGGUUUUUCAUCACUUUGAGCUAAAGCUGCAUAAACAGCACCUUCCAGUGAAUUUCCAUCGGUCCGCCGAACAGAGGUGGGUAUGGCUUUCUUUAGAAGCUCCACAAAACAACGGCAACUUGUCGCAAUACAACACCCUUUUCAACCUCACCAUGUCAUAUCACCCUCAAGCUGACAUCACUGUGCCCUAUGGAAAGCUGUUACAAAGAAGGAAACCAGACUUAGACAUUGUUAUACCAAAAAACAAGAGUUUUGAAGCCUGUUGGGUGGUUAGCAACUACCAAAAAUGGCACAAAAGGAGUCCAGUGUUCCAAGAGCUAAACCAAAACCUCAAUGUGCAACUGUACGGCCUUGCCGCCAGAAAACAUCUACCAAAGGAGGCUCUGCUUCCAACGAUUUCACGCUGUUAUUUCUACCUGGCCUUUGAAAACACACAGUCUCCACACUAUAUCACUGAGAAGCUCUGGAGAAACGCUUUCCAGGCUGGGACUGUGCCUGUGGUGCUCGGACCACCACGCAGAGACUAUGAAGCUGUGGCACCUCCAAAUUCCUUCAUCCAUGUGGAUGAUUUUAAAUCUAUAAAAGCCCUGGCUGAGUAUUUGAGAGGCCUAACUAAAGAUCCAGAAAAGUAUAAUGCAUAUUUUACCUGGAGAAAACACUAUACAGUUAAAUUAUAUACAGACUGGAGAGAGAGACUGUGCAAUAUCUGUCCCAUCUACGGACAAUUUCCAACUCAAAAGGUUUAUGAGGAUUUGAGAGUGUGGACAAAAUGGUAACUUAACAGCCAGCUGACAUUUGUACCUAAAACAUUGCAAAAGUUAAUAAUUUCUUACAUUUAUAUAGCGCUUUUCUAGGCACUCAAAGUGCUUUACAUUGUGAGAGGGGGAUCUCCUCAUCCACCGCCAGUGUGCAGCAUCCACCUGGAUGAGACGCAAGACAUAUUGAUCCAGAACACCCACCAACCACCAGCUUAUUGGCCAAUCAGAAUAUGGGAAUUGUUAGAAGGCCAUGAUGAUCAGAGGCCAAGGGACAAAUUUGGCCAGGACACUGGGGUUUACCCCUACUCUUUUUCGAAGGACAUCCUGGGAUUUUUAAUGACCACAGAGGGUCAGGACCUUGGUCUUAUAAGAACGACGAUGAUGCUUUUUUAACAGUAUAGUGUCCCCAUCAAAAUACUGGGGCACUAGGACCCAAAAAGACCACAGGGUGAGCACCCCCUGCUGGGCUCACUAACACCUCCAGCAGUACCUGGUUUUUCCAGGAGGUUCCCCAUACAGGUACUGACCAGGCUCUGCCCUGCUUCGCAAAAGUGGGCAACCAGUCUCGGGACACAGGGUGAUAUGGCUGGAGAUGCAUGUUCAAAGUAAAAAAAAAACAUCCAUGUAGUGCAAGUUUACAUGCAAUGGUGUAGUGCCCCAUUCCUCAAAUCUUACCCUGGAGGUCCAAUGCACUGCAGUGUUUAGCUCCAACCCUGGUCACCUGUCUGGGAUUCUCUAAUGAUCCCAAAGACAUUAACUGGCAUUGAUUAGUAUGCUCAUGUGUGUUUGAUUAGGGUUAGAGCUAAACUCUGCAGGAAAGUGGAUCUCGAGGUCCAGAUCUGAGGAUCCCUGGUGUAGUGGGAUUGAAUUUUUUUUGAAAGCUGCAUUUUUCAACAGUCUUCUGCAAAGUAAACUGUGUUUUUUUUAAAAGUAAUCUCAUGCAAACUACAAUGCAAAUAUGGCUAUAUAGAAUGAUUAAAAUAGUGGAAAAACUGUGGAAAAAGUGCAGCGGAGAGCAUAAAUGUGAGUCACAAGACAUGGACUGCGAAAAAGAAGAACAAAAAAAAAAAAAGUCAAAACAGUGCAGUACAAUGCAAAAACAUGUUCGACGGGAGAAGCCCCUAUAGGGGACCAUUCAGUGAAUGCAUUUUCCGGAUUUUAAAUUUAAAACCAGGAAAAUGCAAGGUCUAAAUAUAUGCUUUUUUUUAAAAGUUAGACUUGUGUUACAUUUUGUCAUGUGUGAAAUCUAGUGCAUGUUUCCAUGGGAAAGCAAUGCAGUGGAAUCCAAAAACACGUUCUGUGCGAAUAAUCCAUAAUGCAGAAUCUAUUUGAAUUCAUAUUGACAGCAUUAGCAGCACCAUGGAUGUAUAAACACCAUUUAUGGUGUUCACCUUUGCUGCGAAAAAAUAGGUUCUAUUGUGAUGUACGCCUGAUCACAAUAGAACCUUGUGGGGCCAUGGUGAAACAAAUGUUAAACCAGUGAAUUUGUAAAAUAGAUUCUAAAAAAAAAAAAAAAAAAGUGGGUUCUUGAGGGGAGGAAAAAAAAAACUGAAUGCAAAUAAAACUCAAUCCACUUUUCAAACUUUUUCUUUGCAGUGAAUAAGUCUAGAUUUAAUUGAUAAAACAUGUUCCAAGUUUUAAACCAAGAACAUCUGUUGGAAAAAAAAGGGAAG